ACGAGUGACUCGAGACACAGCGUCGAAGUGGAGUUCAGGCCCUUUUCAAAAAUGGUUCGUCUUUUCAGAGUUUGGUGCGUGGUGAUACUAGCGUCUCUAGCGGUGGCUCAGCCAAACAAAUCUAAAGUUUCGUUCAAAUAUGAAUCCGCCAUGGAACAAAUGCGAAGCGAAUGCGCGCAAGGGAACAGCGACUCAGCAGCGGCGUGCUUUAAGUACAAGCUCUUCAGCGCCAUCGACGAGCUGUUCAGGAACGAUUCUCUGGAGGUGUCUGACGCCGUGUCCUUUGUCGGGAACUCAGCGCCCAAGGAAGACGCCCGCGGGGUACUGGACCAAUUCCAGAGCUACGUGCAGACACACGACGUGAUGGUGAGCCUGCCCGGGGACUCACAGCUCACACUGUCCUCACGAAAUAUCAACAACGGCGAACUGAACCUUAGCCUCAAGUUCGACCAGGAAGACUCAGCCGACAACGCCACAGAGGCUCGCAGACGUAAGAAGAGCAAACUGAAGAAGAUUCUGGUGCCAAUCGCGAUUUUCCUGUUGCUGAAGGCCCUCACGCUCAUCCCCCUCUUCAUCGGCAUCCUGGGCAUCAAGGCGUGGAACGCGCUCCAGCUGAGCUUCGGAUCCUUCGUCCUGUCGUUCGCCCUCGCCAUUUUCCAGCUCUGUAAAAAGUUGGCGGGCGACUCCGCGCCUCCACAGCCCAUCGUCGCCCACGCUUCCGGCUGGGAGUCGCAGCGAAGUCUCGAUACCGGGUUCGAUGCCCACAAUCUCGUCUACAACGCCUACGCCCAGGCUGCCUGAGACAGGAAGCGACCGACCUGCCCUCUUUCUGCAGGAGUGACGGACUAAUGACAUGACGACAGACGUAACUGAAUGUACCUGAUAUGACAUAUUUUAAAGCUUCCAAAGAUAUCACUAAAGGAACUCUAUUGGAUUUAUGGGGUCAAUAAUUACGUGUAUAGAUGUAAAUUAUUAAUUAUACAGAAAUUAAAAUUAUUUAUUCCUAAGUUCGUGCGAAUUUAAUGUAGAUGCCAUUCUUAUCUGUGGUAAUAAAAUGUUUCAGGUCUUGUAAAUGUACAAACAAA